AUUGCUUCCAUUUCAAACAGGAUGACCGCUGAAAUCGAGCAGCUCUUCUCGGCGGCAUACUUUGCCCAGUUCGGGUCGAGCGGUUUGGUGAUUUGUGCGUCCGGAUUCAAGACAUCUUCAAUGUUUAACCUGUACGAGCUGACCGCCAUCCAGAAUCUGCUCUACAUGCUGUCGAUGAUAUUUCAAAUGUUCUUACCAUGUCGCUUCGGCAAUGAGGUGACGCGCAAAAGCCACCUGCUUCGGACCUCCAUCUACAGCUCCCGUUGGUACGAGAUGGGAUUGCAGGAGCGCAAAACGUUGCGUAUGUUGCUGCAGCGCAUGAACAAACCGCUCACGCUGAAGGCGUUCUAUUUUUUCAACUACAAUCUACAGGCGUUUACUACGACACUCAAUAUGGCCUAUUCGUUGUACGCAUUGUUGCAACGCAACGCAUUGAAGAAAGUUUAAUAUUAAUAUUGGUUCUAUCAAAGGACAUAAUGUUUUAGAACAACAACUAAUCGUAAAACAAUGCCAGCGAAGAGAGCAUUUGCCGAUGAAACAAAAUUGGUUACACAGCGAUCGUUGGUUUUUCGUUCGAUAUAUUUCCCUCUCGUACACAAUUGCAAUUGCUGUUCUUCAGCG